GUACCACUAAAGGAAAAGACCGAAAUCCGCUUCGAGGAGCAACCUUUCGUGUCCAUUAUCACUCCGUUGACAUUUUCUCCGGUAACACAACAAGGCCACCUACAGCUAAGAGGUAGGCAGGUAACUAGUGAGCGGGAGCUGAAGCCUCAAAACUGCACCUCAGCCAAUAAUGAUGACUGCACUGCCAUACUCAAAGACUUUUACCUCAGUGUGACGGUACUGAAAUCGUCACUAGUGAACGCCCUGGUGAUGAUAGUUGGAUGGGCGUACUUCACAGCAUGGAGUGUCUCCUUCUAUCCGCAAAUAAUUUUGAACUAUCAGCGGAAAAGCGUUGUCGGCCUUAAUUUCGACUUCUUGGUCCUAAACAUUCAAGGAUUCGCGGCGUACUCGGCUUAUAACCUUUUCGUUUACUUCGAUAAAAAUGUACAGAGAAUAUACGAGGAGACGCAUCCGCACAGUCCGAUUCCAGUAUUGAUCAACGACGUCUUCUUCGCCACACACGCAUUCUUAGCUUGCAUUUUCACCGUCUAUCAGUGUUUCAUUUAUGAGCGCGGAACUCAACGUGUCUCGUACAUUUGCAUGUCCAUCACAGCUUUCAUGAUCACGGCCGCCAUUGCGUCCGGCAUUGCUACCUCGUUCGGCUACCUCAACAUGCUACAGUUUGUCACCGGCUUAUCAUACAUUAAAAUGGCCGUAACACUAUUCAAGUAUAUCCCACAGGCUCUACUCAACUUCCGAAGAAAAAGCACCGUCGGCUGGUCUAUUGGCAACGUUCUCCUUGACUUCACUGGAGGUUGUCUCGAUAUUCUUCAAAUGGUUUUGCAGUGCUGGAAUGUGUCCGAAUGGUCAGCAUUCUAUGGAAAUCCCGUAAAAUUCGGUCUGGGUCUUGUCUCAACAAUGUUCGACAUUCUCUUCAUCAUCCAACACUACGUUCUCUAUCCACACAAGACGUCGCAGUCACGAACAGAUCCUGAGAAGAGUGACCGACAGGAGGAUGAGCGGCAGGUCAGAGACGGAAAAGCUGAGCAGAAGUGGACGAGAUUCCGCAUCAAAAGCACAGGAAAAGAGUAG